GGACGAGGAGGAAGGGGCGGGUGCGGGGCCAGGAUGGCGGGGACGGCGCUCAAGCGGCUCAUGGCCGAGUACAAGCAGCUGACGCUGAAUCCGCCGGAGGGCAUCGUGGCAGGCCCAAUGAAUGAAGAGAACUUUUUUGAGUGGGAAGCCUUGAUCAUGGGCCCAGAAGACACCUGUUUCGAGUUUGGUGUUUUUCCUGCAAUUCUGAGCUUUCCCCUGGACUAUCCGCUCAGCCCCCCGAAGAUGAGGUUCACCUGUGAGAUGUUCCACCCGAACAUUUACCCUGACGGAAGGGUUUGCAUCUCCAUCCUGCAUGCUCCCGGAGACGACCCCAUGGGCUACGAGAGCAGCGCUGAGCGCUGGAGUCCGGUGCAGAGCGUGGAAAAGAUCCUCCUGUCAGUGAGCCAAAUGAUGAGAGUGGCGCUAACGUGGAUGCUUCCAAGAUGUGGCGGGACGACCGAGAACAGUUUUAUCGCAUUGCCAAGCAGAUCGUUCAGAAGUCCCUGGGGCUCUAGGACGCACCCUCCCUCCCCGGCCUUCCUUGUCUCUCUACCCCCCCCCACCCCCAUCAUCAGCGGUUCCCCCGCAGCGUCCCCUCUUGUCCCCGUGCUCGGCCCCUCGACGCUCCUUCCAUUGGAGGGGUGGCGGAUUCUGUGCUAAAGAGCAUUCCUCGGAUGGAAGGGUCGGGCAUCUGGGCCACCCGGGCACUGCCCCGUCCUGAUGGCGAGGGGCUGGCGAGAGGCCGGGCUGUCAGCGGCAGAUAGGAACUGGAAGGAAGGGCUGGUGGCGGAAGCAGACUCCAGGCCCAUUGAUGUGUGUUGACGUGUGUGCCACGUGGGGAACACCUGCUGCGAUCACAUUCUGUCCUUACAAUUUGACAAAUACAUGUUUUUCUUAUCAUCUAGUGGAAUGAUCUUUUCAGGUGUGCAUUGCUGUCAAACCCAGAAUGUUUUUGGCAGUGGCCUUUCCUAUCAUGUGGGUCAGCACCUGGGGUGGGGGGGUGCUGUGGGGUGUGUGGAGUGGAUUAAUUAGGAAAAAUCUUCAUCAGUCCCUCUUUAAGACCAAGAGGUGUCUGGGCAACGUUUCUCACAGACUCCGAUCUCUGCUGCGGUCGGCCGUGAGUUCCUGGCCACGAAUCCUGGCGGAGUCCCUGGGCCUGCAGACUCGGAAGGCUUCCGGAAGCCUCGUGUACCUGGGACGAGCCAAACCGCUCUGAAGCCUCCCUCCGAGGCAAGGUAGUGGGGAGGGAAGGCCCCGGCAGCCUGGGGCUCCUGUUGCUUCCUGGGAUCUUGACCGCCUCAGUGUCCUGUGUGGACACUGGAGUCUGGAGCCAGAGCUGAGAGAGAGAAUCUAAUCUAAGCAAUAACAGCUCCAUCACCUGCAGAGGCAGCUGCUUGGGUCUGCUUUUAGCAGGCAACGUUGAAGUAGGAAUUUCUAUUUUUUAAACACAAGAAAGAGAUUUGCAUUCACCUUAUUUUUGUUCUUCCCUUCAGCUUCAUGUCCCAGGGAGCUUCACUGAAACCCCUCCCCCAGUUUUAUGGGAUCAGAUGCCAUUGAAGGGUCAGAACUGGCCCAUUGGAGACCCUGUUCUCUGUUUUCCAGACGGGAAUGUUGGAGGAAUGUUGGAGGGUUGAAGUGAACGAGUAGGGGUGGGGAGAGGGGCAGCACGGUGCCCGACGAGUGGUGCUUGCAAGCGCCUCCACACUGGGUGGUCAGCACAGGGUGUGGGAGGCGUGAGGGCAGCUGAGCCUCGGGGUGCAGAGGCCCUGUCGGGAGGAGCCGAUAAAGUCGAAGGUGGCUUUGGAAUUGAAAAACUUUUUCAGAAUCAAAGUAUUUUUAUUCAUUUGUAUUUAUUUUUACAACUCCCACUCCCCCAUUCGGUUUCCUUAUUUUAUGAUGGGAUUUAAUUGCUUUGUUAAAAAUAAAGUUAUAUAUUGACCCCCUG